AUGAGAGAAGUCAUCAGCAUUCACGUCGGCCAAGCCGGUAUCCAAAUCGGAAAUGCCUGCUGGGAGCUCUUCUGCCUCGAGCACGGCAUUCAGCCCGAUGGGCAGAUGCCCCCUGACCAGACUAUUGGAGGUAUUGAUGAUGCCUUCAACACUUUCUUCUCUGAGACUGGCGCUGGGAAGCACGUUCCCCGCUGCGUGUUCCUUGACUUGGAACCCACAGUGGUAGACGAAGUGCGUACCGGCACAUACCGCCAUUUGUUUCACCCUGAACAAUUGAUAUCUGGGAAGGAGGAUGCAGCAAACAACUUUGCUCGUGGGCACUACACCAUUGGGAAGGAGAUAGUCGAUCUAUCUCUGGAUAGAAUCCGCAAGCUGGCUGAUCAGUGCACAGGUCUUCAAGGUUUCCUGAUGUUCAAUGCUGUGGGAGGAGGUACAGGUUCAGGUUUGGGUUGUUUAUUGUUGGAGCGUCUGUCUGUUGACUACGGAAAGAAGAGCAAGCUGAACUUCUGUUCAUGGCCUUCUCCCCAGGUGUCUACAGCAGUAGUGGAGCCGUACAACUCUGUCUUAUCUACGCAUUCUUUACUUGAGCACACAGAUGUUGCAGUGAUGUUGGAUAAUGAAGCUAUCUACGAUAUUUGCCGCCGAAACUUGGAUAUUGAGCGUCCUACAUACACAAACCUCAACCGUUUGAUAGCUCAAGUUAUUUCUUCUCUGACAGCUUCUCUGCGUUUCGACGGUGCUCUGAACGUGGAUGUGACGGAGUUCCAAACAAACUUAGUUCCCUAUCCUCGUAUUCACUUUAUGCUUUCUUCUUAUGCUCCAAUUAUUUCAGCAGAGAAGGCAUAUCAUGAGCAGCUUUCUGUUGCAGAAAUUACAAACAGCGCAUUCGAGCCUGCAAGUAUGAUGGCGAAGUGCGAUCCUCGUCAUGGAAAGUAUAUGGCAUGCUGUUUGAUGUAUAGAGGAGAUGUUGUUCCGAAGGAUGUAAAUGCAGCAGUAGCAACAAUAAAGACAAAGAGAACAAUUCAAUUUGUUGAUUGGUGCCCAACUGGCUUUAAAUGCGGCAUUAAUUAUCAGCCUCCUACAGUUGUACCUGGAGGAGAUCUAGCAAAAGUUAUGAGAGCUGUAUGCAUGAUUAGCAAUAGCACAGCUAUUGCAGAAGUCUUCAGUCGUAUGGAUCAUAAGUUCGAUCUUAUGUAUGCUAAGAGAGCCUUUGUACACUGGUAUGUUGGUGAAGGUAUGGAGGAAGGUGAAUUUUCAGAAGCAAGAGAAGAUUUAGCAGCACUUGAAAAAGAUUAUGAAGAAGUCGGCAUUGAAACAGCUGAAGGAGAAGCAGAAGAAGAAGGAUAUGGAGAUGAAUUCUAA